CAUUCCUCCUGUGCCGCCGCCAACCACGGUCCCUUAAGACAACCGAAAAUGAAAGUCUUCGUCAUCGCCGUCGUCCUCACUGCCGUGCUCGGGGCUCCUCGGCCUCAGCAACAGCAGGCAACAGCACCCGUUUAUCCCAUCAUCCCGUACUCGUACCAGUACGAGACCAGCGACGCCGCCACCGGCAACUUCCACAACAAGGCCGAGCUGAAGACGGCUCUCGGCGACGUGUUCGGCUCCUGGUCCGUGCUCAUGCCCGACGGCUUCAUCUACACCACCUCCUACAACGUCACCGGAAACAGCGGCUUCCUUCCGGUCAUCGUGAAGACGCUCCCUCAAGCCUCCGCCGGCGCGGCCUCAGCAGCCGCCGCUGGAGGCUCUUCGGCCUAAAUGCAGGUUGUCUUAGCGAGCCUUGGCCUUCGCGGCGACCCGCGUCCUAAGUCAUUGCGGUUCUUGUGCUCCUUCGCUCUUCUUCGUCUCCUUCUCCGGUUCUCACGUCGGCGCUAAAUUUACUCAAAUC